CUCAGCCCUGCAACAUGCUCUGUGGCAUGCAGCACGACAAGCGGACACUUUACGGGGCUGCUAUGUUUUACUUAAAUUUUAAGCUACCUUGCUAUGUAUUGUAUUAUAAUUAUAUAUAUAGAAACAGCGAAUUGACCGGGACCUUUACAUGCAUUAUUGUUUUCUCCUAGUGAUCCAUAUACCGUAUUUUCUAACUAAUUUUUAUGUUGGAAAUUUAUGGAAACCUAAGGAUUAUCCACAUCGGAAGUUCUUUGUCUCUUUCAAAUGGAAAAAAAUGCAUUCUUUACAUUUAGUGUGACUAAAGGACACUUUGUUUAGGUAAAGUUGAAUGCAGAUGCGAGUCAUGGUAGGGCAUCAACAACUGUGAGUGCUCAAACCUUGAAUAAGAGAGGGAGUGACCAUGGCUUACACAGGGGCGCAGAAUGCUCUGAAGAGUGAUAAGUUAGAUGAAGCUCAAGCUCUGGCCAAAAGCUGCACAGGCAGACCAGACUUUCUCCCUUGUGAUGGACUGUCCAUCUGCGCUACACACAGCCAUGGAAAGUGCUUCAAACUGCACUGGUGCUGCCAUUUGGGCUGGUGUCACUGUAAAUAUGUGUACCAGCCCAUGACCAAUGUCGGUCAGCUACCCAGCACACCUGUGCCAGCUGCUCCAUCUGACUGCACCGACACCAUCGAUCUGUCCAUCUCCCUGACAGAACGCUUCCUCCGUAUCUCGCCCUGUUUCCUGCCUCCACCAUACCCCGAGUCCCCCAAAUACUGCAGCAUUGCUGAACUGUUUAUUGACGACUACAUUGUCAAACGCAUCAACGGCAAGAUGUGCUAUGUUCAGCGGCCCCCAGUUCACAUGGAUGCCCCUCCCACUCAACCUCCAGCCUAUCUGAUUCCACAGGAGGAGCAUGUUAAAGAUAAGCAGACUGUUGAUACUGUUAAAGGACCUAAAUCUGUGGUUACUGUUAAAGGACCUAAAAUGGGCCACUGCUCUUCGCCCUCCAGCUCAGAGGACUCCGGGAUCAACGCUCUGGGAGGACGCUAUCUGGAGUCCUGUGAAGAAGAGUCUGAGGAAGAGGAUGAACUUAGCACGGAUGGGAACUGCUGUCCAGAAAGUCUGUGGGACCAGGACGAAUGCACCCUACUGUCCCCUUCCAAAUCCACUCUGGAAAUUAUUGAAAACAUUGAAACUACUGUGUGACACAAUUCACAUUCAAGACUUUCUUAGAAUAUUUGUUCUCUCUGUUCUUUUCACAUCUUUCCCGCUCUUGCUGUCAUUGUGUUUAAUGAAAUACAGUAUGUAGGCUAGAGGAAAAUGCUACACCUAUAAAGACAGUGCUACACUU